AUGAUUGCAACAGAAUUUUAUAAAAUUAUACAAAACGAAGAAUCAGUUACUAAUUUUUUAAUUGCGAGAAAUCUUUUAGUAAAUGUAGAAAAUAUAUUGUGCAAUAAAUGUGAUAGUGAAAUGAAGUAUUAUAUAAAAAAAUAUCGCGGGAAUGAAAGGAAAUUGUUGUGGUGUAAAAGGAAAGGGUGUCAAACUACUCAAAGUAUAAGAAAGAACAAUAGUUUUUGGACGUACAUCGACAAAAAUGGCCUUAACAAUAGUGGAUUGAGGCUCGCUGCACAACUUGAACUGGUCUAUUAUUGGUGUCAAAAUUUAAAACAGACUACAAUUAUCACUUUAACCGGUAGAUCAGAUCAUACAGUGUGUGACUGGAUGAACUUGUGUCGUGAUUAUGAUUCGAAACCCUUUUAUGUCAAAGUUGAUGAGGUGGAUGAUGAUAUCCAGGAAGAUUUGAUAGAGUUACAAAAUGAUCGAAACUGUAAGGAUACGUUUGAAUCUUCCAUGAAUAUCGAAGAGUUUUGGUGUAAAAAAGCAAUUACGUAUCCUAAGCUUCGAGAAAUCGCACUAAGAUAUUUAGUCAUGUUUUCAACAACUUAUAUGUGCGAACAAGGAUUUUCCGCACUGCUCUACAUUAAAAACAAACAAAGAAAUCGGCUGGACGCCACUAAAGACAUGCGUGUAGCUUUGAGCAAUAUUACCCCAAGAAUAUCUUUGUUAGUAAAGGAAAUGCAAGCGCAAAAAUCACAUUAA